AAGAGUAUAAAUAAAGACAAGGAAGCGCUGAGUAGAUCUAUUGAUAGACCAUAUCAACGUCUUUGUCUUGGAUCAAGAAAACCUCAAUUAUCCACCAAUUUUCUCCCUUCAUUCUUCUUUUUUCUUACCACGCUUCAAUCGGUAUCAUUGACAUCUUUUCGAAAGAUGAGCAAAUUACUGCAGUGUUGCAUAGUUGAGAAGUAUGAAGGAUAGUCCCACCGUGAAAGUUGGCUCAUAUUUCAUGCAUCAUUUUGUUAGAGUUCUUUCUUGUGUAUUGGUAUUUUUAUAUGGUUGAUUCUGCGGGUUUUUGAGAAAUACCAGGAAGGGAAAAUUUGAAGAGAUUGGUGAUGGAGUCGUCGGCUAUGACAACGGACGAUGUGGUUGAAGAGAUAAUGAGACUACACAGGUCGUUACCGGCCCGCCCGGGAAUCGAUGAAGUUGAAGCUGCGAGAACUUUGAUCCGGAAUGUGGAGAGGGAAGAUCAGUUGAGACUUGAGGGGAUUGCGAAGCAAAGCAAGGGAAAAGAUGUCCCAGAAGAAUUGUUCAAGAUUUUGCAAGAGAUGCAGCGGAGUACGAUCCACUUCCAGAGCAAGGAGCAAAAGAGGGAGGCUCUGAAACUGUUGGAUCUCGAAAGCGUUCACUUGGUGUUUGAUGAUUUGGUUCAGAGAGCUUCCAAAUGCUUGCCUGGCUAUUCAGGUUCGCCGGACUCAGAAUCCAUUAAACCUUCCUACAGCUCAUCGAACAGUUUGACUUCUACAGUGACCACCAGCGCUACUACCACGUCAUCCUCGUCUUCCAGUUUCUAUAAUGAGAAGGAGAUUUUGAAGGCUUCAGAAGCCUUGUUUACCAAGGAUGAUACGUAUGUGAAGAAGCCAAAGACGGCCUUUCAUGUGGAUGUGGUAGGGGUAGGGACUCGAUCUGGAGAUGUUUUCACUGUUCCGCAGAUUGUAGAUCCCACACUUAAACAAGUUACUGCUCCAGGGCAAGAUGGUGAGAAACUAAGUUUAAUAAAAUUGGCAAGUCUCAUUGAAGCAUCGGCUAAGAAAGGAACGCAAAAGCUUAGUCUCCAAGGAAAACUAUCAGAUCAAAUUGAAUGGCUUCCCGAUUCAAUAGGGAAACUCUCGAGUUUGAUCACUUUGGACUUAUCAGAAAAUAGGAUUGCAGUGUUACCAGAGGCUAUAGGAGGACUUUCCUCAUUAGAAAAGUUGGAUUUACAUGGAAAUAGAAUCACUGAAUUGCCAGAAUCAAUUGGCGAUCUUCUUAACUUGCUUCAUCUUGAUCUGCGAGGAAACCAGUUGAAAUCAUUGCCCCGUACCAUUGCUAGGUUAGUUUGUCUUCAAGAGCUUGAUUUGAGCUCAAAUGGACUCUCUGUGCUUCCAGAUACUAUUGGAUCACUUGUCAGUCUCAAGAAAUUGAAUGUUGAAACUAAUGACAUUGAGGAAAUCCCUCAUACAAUCGGUCAAUGUGCUUCACUCAAGGAGCUUCAUGCAGACUAUAACCGUCUUAAAGCACUCCCUGAAGCAGUAGGGCGGAUAGGAUCUCUGGAGAUUCUUACAGUGCGUUACAAUAACAUUAGACAGUUGCCUACCACAAUGGCAUCUUUGUCAUGCUUAAGGGAGCUCGAUGUCAGUUUCAAUGAGCUUGAAUCUGUCCCUGAGAGUUUGUGCUUUGCUACAACACUUGUAAAGCUGAACAUAAGCAACAAUUUUGCUGACUUGCAGUCUCUGCCCAGGUCCAUAGGAAACCUUGAAAUGCUAGAGGAGUUGGAUAUGAGCAAUAACCAAAUAAGAGUCCUACCGGACUCUUUUAGAAUGCUAAAUCGCCUCCGAGUCUUAAAUGUUGAGGGUAAUCCUCUGGCUGUGCCCCCCAGAAAUGUAAUUGAGCAGGGACCUCAGGCUGUUGUUCAAUACAUGGCUGAUCUAGUUACCCAGAGGGCAAUCAAGUCUCAGCCAGUGAAGCAAAAGAAAUCUUGGGCUCGGAUAUGCUUCUUUAGAAAAUCCAACAAACGCAAACGCGAUGCUGUGAACUAUGCCAAAGCCUAAUAUAGAGUAUUCAGAAUAUUUGACAAAAACUUCUUGGGAAUUUGGCAAUAAUUGAUUGGAUGAGGUUUUAUAUUUUGCCAAAUUCGCAAGUCUCGACAAAGAAAGUUUCUGCCCAGAUAUGGCUCUGAUCCUUUCUCAACAUAUUGUAUCUUCCUCAUUUUAUCUUUAUUUCUAUUUUUUUGCUAGCUACUGAUGUUCAUCUGCAUUCAAAUUGAUAUCUAAAUCGAGCUGUACAAUUAAGUACAACCGGCUAAAACAGAAAGGAAGAUGUAUUUACCACUGUUACCAUUGUUGAAAUUGCUAUGAGCUUAUUUUACUAUGUUAUCA